AUGGACCCGACGCUGCUUGAGUCGCUGCUAGCGGAGCUUUCGGCGGAAAUCGCGCUGAUCGAAUCGCAAUUAGGACCUCUCCAAACAACCCAUGAUGCCCUAUUUCGGAAGGUGGCCCAAUUCGAACUGGAAAACAAACACAAGAACCUCGCCAAACCUCAACUUCCGAAACUUCCGCAGCCACCAUCAGAGGACCCUCCUCUCAUUCAUUUCUCAUAUUUCGAUGAUUCCAUCCAACACUUCUUCGCUCCGGCUGGCUCCGGCCCAGUUGUAAAUGUUGAUGCUCAUGAUGAGAAGGUGCUCCAUCAUAUAGAUAUCAAGACUAGAAAUGCGGAAUCCGCUCUCCAAGAGCUGCUCUGGCGUCUUGGAGGUGUGUCGGCUUUUCCAAUCAACAAUCGCUUGUACGAUGACUCCAGCGACGCCUUACUAGGCCUACGCUUCGAUGUCCUCAGCCAUACGUUGUUACUGUUUCUCCUGCCCCACUAUAUCAUCCUACGGCGCCGAGAAGACAAGUCAGCAUCUAACUUGAAGUGGCUGGUGUUUCGCUAUACGACACCUCCAUACGUUCCAUUGGCGACUUUUUCUCACUUAUUACUCGAAAAUAGCUUGCACGACUUCGUCCACUGUGUUCGUGAAUGCUUAGUGUAUACCCAGUACAAGCACGAUAAGUUCCAGCUGGUGGCUGAAAUGACUUACCACGAUGUUUUCGGUGACAACUCAUCAGUGAGGUUCAUAUCCUCGGUGGAAAAGGACCUCGAAUGCAACAGAGUCUUGCUCCACCUUGUCAAUCACUCCUCUGAAUCCAAGCAACUACAUAGCAUUGAACUCCAGUGUGGGGAAUCAGGGAUUCGAAAGGUCAAUUGUCAGUUGGCGGGAGGUUCUACAGAGGACAAUUUGUACGUGGAAUCUCUACUCUCCGCGUCUGACUUCCCCAGUUUGUCAUCUAGUCUCAAGUCCCUCGCUACUUAUUUGAGAAACCAUGCACUUCUCUAA